UACAGGAAGUGACCAGACACUGCGGACAUAGUACAGCAGAUGACCAGAGACUGCAGACACAGUACAGGAGAUGACCAAAGCCUGCGGACACAGUACAGGAGAAGGACCAGAGACUGCGGACAUAGUACAGGAGAUGACCAGAGACUGCGGACACAGUACAGGAGAUGGACCAGAGACUGCGGACAUAGUACAGGAGAUGACCAGAGACUGCAGACAGUAAAGGGGAUGACCAGAGACUGCGGACAGUACAGGGGAUGACCAGAGACUGUGGACAGGAGAUGACCAGAGACUGCGGACACAGUACAGG